AUUUAUUUAUUAGGAGACUGAACGAAGAAUCUCAUUUAUAUGUGAGCAAAUCCAUAUCCAAAACAAAACAAUACCCUUUUCUUUUUCUCCUGGUUUUUGGUGAUUGAAAAAGAAAAUGGGGAAAGGAAGAACCCCAUGUUGUGAUAAGGAGAAAGUGAAGAGAGGUCCAUGGAGUCCUGCGGAGGAUUUGAGGCUCAUCUCUUUCAUUCAGAAGCAUGGCCACCAGAAAUGGAGAGCUCUCCCUAAACAAGCUGGGCUACUGAGAUGUGGAAAGUGUUGCCGUUUAAGAUGGAUUAAUUACUUGAGGCCCGAUGUCAAGCGUGGGAACUUCACCAAAGACGAAGAAGACGAAAUCAUAAGGCUGCAUGAGACCUUGGGAAACAAGUGGUCUAAGAUAGCAGCACAUUUUCCUGGAAGAACAGACAAUGAGAUAAAGAAUGUGUGGAACACUCAUUUGAAGAAGAGAUUGAUUUCAAAGAAAGAAAAUACUCAACAAAAAGAUGAAUCCAAGGACUCUUCCAUGGCUACAUCAUCAUCAAGUGACAAAAACCCUAGAGAGGCAUUUGCAAUGCCAGCAUCAGACAAUGCUCAAGACUUCAAAACCGAUCAGCUAUCAAACCAUGGAAGCAGCAGCAGCCCGUCCGAGGAGCCUGAAGGGUUGUCGAGUUCUUCGAUCUCUUCCAACGUCACGAAUUCCGGUCAGGUUGGUGUUUUGAAUCCAGAAGACCAAGUAGGUUCCUUGUUCAACUUCAUAGGAGGCUAUUACGAUGUUAAUAACAACACAUCAGAGGAGGUGAACAAACCGGAUAUCCUCGAUACUGCCUUCGACAUCUCGUUCGAGUCCGAUUGGGAGUUUUGGAACAUGUUGGAUAGCUUCGGACCAUUCCAAUCCGAUGAGACCGAAUCAAAUGACGGCAUCCGAAGUUCGAAUUUCAGAGAAGUUGAAAACAAGUGGUUGAUGUGCCUGGAAUAUGAACUGGGACUAGAGUCGGAGGACAGUGACGAGGCUAAGCCGGUCGGUCCCGAGAUGAAUGGCAUGAUGAUGAAGCCAGAAGGUGAUAUGGAGAUGGGUCACUAUCACAACACAGUUCAGCCAUCAACCAAGUAGUUACUUUUCUUAGAGGGCUUAACAAAGUGGUUUGACUUCAUGAUGUUAUAAAUAUAUAAACUUUAGGGUUGACCUAGCUUGUUAAAUUAAUUAGGUCCCUUUAGAUGUAUAAUGGAUAGAAUAAAUUAAUAUUCAUCUGAUCUUCAAGUUAAGCAAUAUUACAUUGUAGAUUGAACCAAACCUAAAAUUGUCUCCUUUUUCAAACAAAAUACCAUCAACAUUUUUAAGUGGGUAGGUGAAUAAUUUUUUCUUAUCAAAAGAAAAUUUUAUUUCAUUGAAAGGAAGAGGGUACAAGUGGG